AUAGGCACCUGCCAUAUUAUGGAAUCUAGUGCAGCAUCCAGAUGAUCAUCCUUCACCAACCUAGGACAUUAUAACACCAGUAUACCUUCGACCUGCAUGGGGGCUCACGACACGCAAAAAUGGAAAGAACGACGUUAAUCAUCCACCACACGUUCACCGGAUUGGCGCUGGUCAUCAUGGCGCUGCGCGUCGUAUGCCGACGACUCUUAUUCUCGAAAUCGGAUUUCGGCGAUUUUUGCACCAUAAUCGCCAUGCUGUGCACAGCAGCCCGUGGUGGCAUGAUCCACAUCGUAACGACGUGGGGCACCAACAACAUCUCAGCUCCAGCACGAGCACGCAUAAAUUUCACGCCAGAAGAGAUAUACCGUAGGACAGUCGGCAGCAAGCUCGCCAUCGCAAAUCGGCCUGUCUAUAAUACCUAUCUUUGGCUGCAGAAGCUGGUUCUGCUGCACUUCUUCCUGCGAACUUUCCACAAUUCGAGGAUAGAAAGUCAUCGGUACAUCUUCUGGUCGUACGGCUUCAUAUUUCUCGCAACAUGGACGGCUGCACAGAUUGUCGGUUUUACCGAAUGUGAUCCUGUUUAUCUGUACUGGCAGGUCGUUCCUUCUCCUGGGCGCUGCGUGCAAGCACAAGUUCAACUCGUCGUGCUCGGAGUAUUGAACAUCGUAACCGACUUCAUGCUCCUGGCCCUCCCAAUCCCCACACUUCUCUCGCUCCAGACCCCAUGGCGCACCAAACUGCGCCUCUGCACAAUCUGCAUGCUCGGCCUCUUCAUCAUCGUCAUCACCAUCAUCCGCCUCCCCAUCAACAGCCUCCACGCCGCCGUGCAAGCUAACCGCUCAAUCUGGGCCAGCACCGAGCUGCUGGCCGCCGCCAUCGCCGUCAACGCGCCCACGCUGUACGGCGCCAUCAACCGCUGGCGGCGGCGCCCGGAAAAAGGCUCCCACGGCUCGCGAUCGCGACAGACUCCGUUCAGCGGCACGCGCACGGUGGGCAGCUAUGCGCGCCCGCUUCCGCGGACCGACGACGACGACGACGAGGGCCUCAUACUCAGCCCGGGGUUUCAGGCGACGGUUAGUUCGGGGUUUGCAGCGCGGAACUGCGAAGACGGGAUUAUCAUGAAGACUAUUGAGGUGUCGUAUGAUGAGGCUCAUUCUAGUCCUGAGAUGAAGGGUGAGAGAUAGGAAUGCAUAUAUGCGCCAUUGUAAUGUCUAUUAAUGAGUAUCCCGAACAGUUCUUUGUGUCAGGUGACGCACUGCUGCGCUGUGUCUCGGGCUUGAACUUGCGAUUACGGUUAUACUGACUUCUGAUACUCCGCAGGUAUUGGGCAGAUACGAUCCUCCACCGGAGCGUAGUGACCUAGGGAGACGCUGAAUCAGGUCACACGGUCAAUGGAUAGAAGCGCAGUUGCUUUCAACUCCUUUUCCGCCUAUUUUCUCAUCUGUUAGUCUUUUGCUGCUUGAUCUUCGC